AAAAGAGCUAGUGCAAGCCAAGAUGGGAAUCACAGUCAACGAGGCUCAAAACGUGGCAAGAAUAUCUCGGUAAGUCGGCCGUAACACAGCGCUUCGUUAUGACGAUUAUAACUUAUCGAGACUCUGCAUCAAUGGUAAUAUACAGUGCACGCAAAAGAAAGAUGUUUGCUCCUGUCUUGGAAAAGAUUACAGUGAAUAAUUUUUGUAUUUUUAUCCUCGAACAGGUCAGUGGGUUGCGCAGCCUAUAUGGGAAAAUAGCAACGUUUCCGAAGAAACAAAAUGCAUUCGCGAGAUGGCUGGAGGGCGAGAGCUUUUCUGAAAUCGCUAGAACUGCUGGAGUCGCGGAGGCAACAGCACAAGUUUACGUGAUUGACAUGAUUGCCAGAGGCACAGACAAAAACGACUUGUUGGAAAGAUUGAUAAGAGAGCUGGAGAUCGAAGACGAAUCCCUAGAAAAAGUAUAUGACCUCCUGUGUACGAGCGGUGUAACACUGAGGGAAAUUAGGGAUAUCACCCUGCUAAGUUAUAAUCAAAUUCGGGCAAUCAUUGCUCUUUUUAUCAACGGAUAUGAGCUGUAA